UUGGCGAGCGGCGUGCUAUUCAUAGCGGAUGAUGAGCGAUGUGAAAGAUGGAUGGAUGGAUGGUUGGAUGGUCGGAUGGAUGACGUGUCCUCGGCGUCGCUGCAGCGCCCCGGUUUGGCGCGGCGCCGGCCAGAUCACGAGCACACGGACUAUACAUGCAUUCUAUAUUUAACGGAGUCCAUUAUUAUGUUACAUACCAGAACCUACUCACCUCAACAGAUGACUCGUUUCGCUCACGUGAUGUAA